AUGUAUUUAAUAAAUGAUUAUUUUAAAUAAUUUCAAAAAUAAAAAAUAUUAAUAAAAACAAUAUUUAAUUUUUGUAUAUUAUUUUUUGUUUUAUAUUUUUUUCUAAAAAUUUAUAUGCAUCUAAUAUUUUAUUUAAAAAAGAAAUAAACUAUACGCAAUAAAUAUACUUAUUUUUUUAUUAUGUAAUAUAUAAAAAAAAAUAUAUACUUUUUAUUUAAUAUUUUUGUUUUGAUUUUUUUUUUUAGUAAUUUGUAUAUUUUUUAAAAUCAUUUUAUAUUUUAAAAAUUAUAUAGAUCAAUAAUAUACUAAAAAAUUAUCUAUAUACAUUUGCUUUAUUUUUAUUUAUAUAUAUAUAUUUUUUUUUCUAUUAUAGUUACUUAAAACUAUAAAUAAUAAUUAAAAAAAAUAAAAAUGAGUUUAAAACUAAAUAAAAAUAUUCUUAAUUUAAUUUAAAAACAAAAGUAUGGAAUCUACUUUUUUGCAACUAAUAAAAACAAAAUUUUAUAAAAAUAUAAAGAACUAAUUUAUUCUAAGAAACUAAAUCAUGAUGUUCAUUAGGAAUAAGCUAUUGCUAAUUUAGAUACUCUAAGAUGUAAAUUAAUUGAUUCACAUUCGGAAUGGAAAACAUUUUAAAGAUCUUUAUAAUUUUCAAUUGAAUAAUUUAAUCAGAAUAUUGAAAAAGCAAGAAUAAAAAAAUAAGAAAUGCUAAUUGAUAAAUAAAAAAAAAAAAAAAGUGCAUAAAUAAUUGAAAAAAUAAAAUAAAAAACUCUCUUUUUUAAAAAAAAAUAAGGUUUUUUUUCAUUUUUCAGUUCAGAUGAAUAACCGAUUUUCGAAUCUGCAUACACGAAAUGUACAUAAUAUCAUGAAGAUAAGGUCAUAGACGUAGAAGAGUCUUAAACUUAUAAAAUGAAUUAAUUUGUAAAUGGAGUUUAUUUAUAUGGUACUCCAGGGUGUGGUAAAACAUUUAUAAUGGAUAUGUUUUAUGAAUAAGUGCCUAUAGAGGAAAAGCUAAGAAUUCAUUAUAAAGAAUUUAUGAUUUUAGUGAAUUCAGAUUUCCACAAAAUAAGAACAUAUGAUUAUAGAAACCCACUUAGAAUUCUUGGAAAAUAGAAAGCUUCAGGACUAAGGUUAUUAUGCUUAGAUGAAUUCUAAGUUACUGAUAUUGGAGAUGCUAUGAUAAUGAAAAACUUCUUUGAAAGCUUAUUUGAAAAUAAUGUUGUCCUUGUUACUACCUCUAAUAGAUAACCUGAUGAUUUAUAUAAAAAUGGAUUACAAAGAGAAUCAUUUGUGCCAUUUAUUCCUAUUUUAAAAUCAAAUUGUUAAGUUGUUAACUUAUUAAGUGAAACUGAUUAUAGAUUUAGUUCUGAUAAAGGAACAGCCGCAGUAAAAACAUUCUAUUUCCCAAACAAAGUUUAUUAAGCAGGUAGAAUUAUUAAUAUAAAAAGAUGUAAUGAAAGGGUUGUUGAGUUCGAAUUUAAUGAUAUUUGUUAAGGAAAUUACGCCCCAGCUGAUUAUAUUACUAUUUGUAGAUAUUUUAAUGCUAUUAUUUUGAAAAAUGUGUAAAAGUUUUGUUAGGAUGAUAGGAAUACAAUGAAGAGAUUUAUUUCUUUAAUUGAUGAAGUUUAUAAUCAUAAAGUUAAAUUAUAUAUGAGUUGUGAGGUUACUUUGCAAGAUUUAUUUGAUUUACAUGGAAGUGGUAGCAGUGAUGAUGAAAGGAAAAAGAUAUCUUCGUUUGUGGAAUAAGGAGAUGAAGAUGAGUCUUCUGAUAUAGAUUAUUUUGUUUCUGAAGUUGAUUUUGCGUUAGAUAGAUGUAAAAGUAGAGUUGUAGAAAUUGGACGUUCUUGUUGUUCAAGUGAAAAUUUCGAUUAACUAAAAAUUAUAUUUAAUUUGUUAUGA